CAUCUAUGAAGGCAACUUGUCUAAUAUUUUUUUUUUCUUAAGUGAAUUUCAUUCAGCAGUUCUUCAUAAUCAAUUGAAUGAUAGUUUUGAACACUGAGCUUUGUACAUUGAAUAAUCAUAAAUUCAGAACAACAAACAAAAUUAAUAAAUGGAAAAAAAAGUUGUGAAGAUGAGAUUUCGUAAAUCUACCUUAAGUUAGAUGAUAUGAUUGUUUAUAUAUCUCUUAAUUUGUAGAUAAUUUAAUUUUAGUCACCAUCUUUAGGUCUGCCUUAAUAUCAAAAAUUUUCCUUGAAUUUCUAGAGUAUUAUGAAAAGUAAUAGAGUAAGUAAAAUUGCACGUUAUUGACUAAAACAGAUGGCAAUGAAUAAUUGCUGAAACAAUAAGAGAAAAAAAUUAGCUAGGAAAGGGAAGCAGUAUUUAGAAAUGAGUUAAUAACUGAUGAAAAAUUUUAUUAAGCGCAAAGUAUUAAAAAUGCUAUGAUUAGAAUAAUUUAAUGGUCAUAUUUGUUUAUAAAUAAAGAUAAGGAAGAAAAGUAGUGUUUUGAUAUUUCUCAAGUAAGAAACUUUAUAAUUUGAUAAUGUAAUUUUCUUAGUUGAUGUUUUUAAAAAAGAAAAAAACAAAGUUUUUUUAUAAAGAAAUAAGAGAAAAUCUUAACCAUUAAUAAUAAACUCAGACUAUAAUUAAGAUAAAAAUAGAACAAUGUUAAAAAAAUAUAUAUAUAGAAAUCAAUUAAAAAUUGAUUUAAUUAUCUUAUUGAAGUUGACCAAUAUUGAUAAACAAAUUAAUCUUAACAAAUCUUGA